AAUUAAAAGAUAAUUUUUGUGGGGACGAGUAUUAAUGAUAAUUAAUGAGAUUAUGCCAUGGAGGAGCUGUAAUUAAUCCCGAAGCUCAUUAAUUAAUCUCUCUAGAAGGAGGAGGAGAGAGAUAGAGCGGGGAUCGGAGAUCGGAGAUGGAAAAUCACUUCUCAAAAUACUCCGUCCUCGUCUUAGUCCUAUUACUGAUUUCCCAGAAUAUACUCAAUCAAACAGCCGACGGGAGAGAUCUCCGGCCGUCAGAGCACGGCCUAGCCGAUCAGGAAUCCACCUCGAAGUCCCCCGGAGCCGGAAACUCGUCGUCGUCGGGGAUGCUCGCCUUCUUCGGCGUCUCGCCGGCGUCUGUGGAAUUGCCUGCCGGGAGGAAUUUCACGGCGUCGUGGAUGAGCGCCGGUGCCAGCGGCAGAAGUAUCACGCGCGAUGGGAAGACGGAGGACCCGAUAAGAGAGGGAUUGUUUGUGGGCAGUUUGGUCUGUGGACUCGCCGGCGUCGUUCUGGUCGCCGUCUCCGCUGCCUUGCUACUAAUUGUCCGGUUCCGGAAGCAGAGACGAAAGGACGUCGUCUUGGCAGAAUGCAGCGAGGUCUUUAUGAGCUGUACCUGCAAAAACAAAACACCGUGGAAGGACAGCGGAGUCGCCGGAGCUGUCCUUAAGGCCCUUUGGAAGAACCCUCUUUGGGUGGAUGCUCCACCACAUUUGCCUAAAGUGUUGGCUCAUCUGCGUUCUACCCCACAACAGGGGGAUCCUCCCUCAAAUACCUCGCAAGAGUUCGCAGGCAGCAUAACAGUAGGAUGUCCGACCGGUGCGGAUGUGAACACACCCGUGUUCGGCCCAAGUGAGGGAAUGACCGGUAUGGCCGAAGCCAUAUUCGGUCCGAGUGGGGUGACCAUUGCGGUCGUAGCCGCGAUUGGUCCAAUAACCGAGGUGACCGGAGCGGACUCCAUAGUCGCGCUCGAUCCAACGAAGGUGGUGAUCGGAGUGGACCCCAUGGCCGCACUCGAUCCUUCAUCUUCUUCUUGGAGAAAUCAAACAUAUAUAAUGGAGUUCCUCGCCGGCAAAUCCAUCCUCAUCACUGGCGCGACUGGCUUCCUUGCUAAAGUGCUGGUAGAGAAGAUACUUCGGACUCAACCGGAUAUCAAGAAGUUGUUCCUUCUUAUUAGAGCCUCCGACUCCGAAUCUGCCCGCAAAAGAUUUCAUACCGAGGUUUUGGACUGUGAACUGUUCAGAGUUUUGAGAGACAAAUACGGCGGCAAGUUCAACGCUCUCGCGGAGGAGAAGGUGUUUCCGGUGGCCGGCGACAUUUCCUUCAAGGAUUUGGGAAUUGAAAAUGCUGACCAAAUCCUGGAAGAAGUUGACUUUAUCAUCAACUCAGCUGCAACAACUGUAUUUGAUGAGAGGUAUGACGUUGCAAUGAGCAUUAAUACAUUGGGUGCAAUAAAUGUUUUGAACUUUGCCAAGAAAUGCCUCAAACUGAACAUGAUUGUUCAUGUGUCCACCGCUUAUGUGUGCGGUGACAGAAGUGGGAGUGUGCCAGAGAGCCCAUUUCGGCUGGGGGACACUGUAAAUAAUGGGGACACUUGCUUGGACAUUGAUGAGGAGAAGAGGGUUAUUGAGGAGAAAUUAAUGGAGCUUAAAUCUCAAGAGGCCACUGAUAAACAAGUCAGAGUGGCCAUGAAAAUCUUGGGGAUUGAAAGGGCAAAGCUCCAUGGAUGGCCAAACACUUACUCAUUCACAAAAGCAAUGGGGGAAAUGUUAUUACUAAAGCAUAAGGAGAAUCUAUGUGUUGUCACGUUGCGCCCAACAAUUAUUACAAGCACUUACAAAGAGCCUUUUCCUGGAUGGAUUGAAGGCGCAAGGACCAUGGAUAUCUUUGUAUUGUUGUAUGGCAAGGGAAAAGCAAAUUUCAUGAUGGGUGAUCCCGACUCAAUUCUCGAUGCGAUUCCAGGAGACAUGGUGGUGAACUCCAUACUGGCGGCAGUUGCUCACCAUGGAAGCGGUGGCGAUCACCACCAGCGCCGGAAAUAUAGUGACAAAGAGAUGAUAUACCACGUCGGCUCAUCCUCUACCAACCCUUUGAAGAUUUUGGACCUCCGAAAUUACUUGUUUAGCUACUUCACCCACAACCCUUGGACUACAAAGACUGGGGAGGUUGUCAAAGUCUCUAAACCCGUCUUGCUCACCAGCUUGAAAGACUUGCGCAGAUACAUUUCCAUUCGUUAUCUCCCCAUCAUCACGGUGUUGAAGUUGUUGAACGUGGUACUCUUCCAUUAUUUCGAAGAGAAGUGUGUGACUGUUGAGAAAAAGAUCAAUUUGGUCAUGCGGAUUGCUGAACUCUACAAGCCAUACUUGUUCUUUUAUGGAAGCUUUGAUGAGACGAACACGAGGAGAUUGAGGAAGGCUAUUGCAGAAAAAAAUAUGGCGGAAACCCUAUAUUUCGAUGCACAAGGCAUUGUUUGGGAAGAUUACUUCAAUAACACCCACAUUCCCGGAGUUGUAAAAUAUGCCUUCUAAUAAUAUUAAUAAUAAUUACAGAGUGAUUAUAUAGUCAUCACUCUCAAAUUAGUAGUUUUUAUAAUUUGUCCAAAAUCGAUCUGUAUGUGUAAUUGGUCGAGUUGACGAUUAUCAAGAGUCCUCCGUUCCAAUACUUACGUAACUAAAUAGCUCAAUUUCAUCUACCAUUAGUUAGCACUAUUUAUAUUAUCGCUUUAAUUAAUGUUUU